AUGGUUACAGCAUUUUUACAUUCUCAAAUAAUGUUAACGGAACGUAGCAUCGCGUUUGGAGUUAAAAUAAACUUCAGGGUCGUAACAAAAAAUGCAUUUAUAUUACUCCUAUUUUUCAUUAUGAUGUCGAUUAUUCGCAGAAAUGAAGGAAUAAACUGUAAUAAAGACGGAAAUUGUUGCACUGGUUAUAUUUGGAAUGCCGAGACCAAAGAGUGUGACGUUUGUCCUCCAGGAGAACUUGGUACGAAUUGUAGCUCUCGUUGCCCGUAUCCCCUGUACGGACUCUUGUGUCUAGAGUACUGCAAAUGUAGCAGAGAUUUGUGUGAUUACGUUUAUGGGUGUAGUGGAUCGACAACAGCCAAUCCGAAAUGCAGUCCGGGUUUUCUUGGUAAGAACUGUAGGGGCAAAUGCGCCUAUCCUUAUUACGGUGAGGAAUGUCAAGGUCAAUGUGACUGUGACAUAGACAGCUGUGAUGUCUCUACAGGGUGCAGGAACAUUUCAAGAGAAGCCAGUACAUUGGAUCUAUCAGGAAAUUUGGAAGAACAAGUACAUCACUUCAAUGAUUCUUGAUGUUGACAAUUUGUUCAUUUUUUAAAAAUUUUUGUUCAAUCAACUCAAUGCUGAAAAAGUUAAUACAUGUAUAUAGUUUGUCAGAGCAAAUGCUUGCAAAAUAUUAGUUAUAAAACAUUCUUUGUAUAAUUAUAUUGUUAUUGUAUUAUAAGUUGACAGGAUACAAAGACCAUAUGCAAACGGUCAUGACUUAAUAAAUCAAUGGAUAAUAAAAAUUGUUGUUAAGAAGCCUCUAAACUUGAAAAUAAAGGCAAUUUUCGUUUUGAAAAAAAAUACUCACUAUGCGUCAUAUUUAAACGAGGUAUAAGAUGUUUAUGUCAAGAUUCUCAUUAAUUCUU